CUGUGUCGUCUCAGUCUGGCGCGCAUGCUCAAAAUCUACAAAUCGGACUCGGGUCUCGCUGCAACAUUUAUUCCUCUGUUUCUCGCGCAAUAUUUCAUCGCUGGAACGAGUUCUGGAUGCUCAAAUGGGCAGACUCUGCGCAAGUUCUGGGGGUAUGGGUUCUUGGUGAGGAUUAGUGCUGCUGUUGUGUUGAUUGGGGGUAUUCCGGCAUGGUGGACGUCGCCUGUUUGCAUUUCUAUUUCUAAAAGCCACAGCCAAUCUAGUGAGACGUCUCCAGCACCAGACAAGACUAAAGACGCCGUGCUAGGCUUCGCCAACGGUUCAGUUCUUCCUACCUCAUUUUCUGGUUCAUCUUCUUGAGAAUCGUCUAGUUGAUGACCCAAGUCUCAGGAAAGAUCGUCCUCGGACUUUCAUUCACUGCGCUACUGUCCUAUCUAGUGUUUAUUGACACCGUCUGGACAUCCAUGGCUUAAACGCAGCCUUCACCACCCCUCGAUGAUCGACCUCGCCAAUAAUAACAUAAACUGCGGGCCCUCACCAUCAGAAAUCGUGCCUCUAGCGCUCCAAGCGACGCAAACGUAUUACAGC